AUGAGCAGCCACGGUGACGGCGCAUCAUCCGCGCAGGGCAACCACGAGCAUGUUAGCGACGCGCAGCUGAAGCUGUCGCUGCGGUCCAUUCCGCAGCUCAAGCGCGACUCGUCGCGUGAAGAAUUGUCUUCUGUUGGCCUCCUAAGCGCACUCGAAAAUGAUACUCGCGCGUCCUUCGUCGUCGACAUAUCUUCCAAGAUUCCCCAGGACGGCGUGCUGGACCUUGUGUACCUGAAUUCUGCACUUGCAGGUGCACCGGCGCUACUCGCAAAGAUUAGGGGACAUGGUUAUCCCACUACCUUGUUUCUGGAUGACGUUCAGAAAGGGGCCGCCUUCGCGCAGUGGCUAUGGGGCCGGGUGGACAUCAUGGACCUUGCCGUGAUCGGGGACGCCUAUUUGUUUGCGGACCAUCUCUGGUGGGCGACCACGAUCCCAGGGGAGCGACAUAGGGUAGUCAGUGGCGUACCAACUGCCUUGCUACGAAAGCAAGAGGUAAGAUACGAGAGGCCUCACGGUGACGAUCAGCGAGAGCACAACAAACCUGUAAACAUGCCCCAAUAUCUACCAGAAAGGCUGCCAGCUGCACAUGGAUGUAUGGACGUGCCAUCCGAGAUGGCACCUGCAUCUAGCUUUGGAUCUUUUGAUUAUACCCGAGAACCGCCGUGUGCCAACAUGUCCGACCACAUUUUGUACUUUCGGAGCAUCGAUUGGGCAAAUACACCACUUGGUCCCAUGUCCUCAUGGUCACCGCAGUUACGAUGCAUAGUCAAUAUGAUCUUGAAUGAUCACCACCACGCUGUCCUAUUCUGGGGAGAUGAGGCGACCAUGAUAUACAACGAGGCGUAUGUUGAGCUUAUUGGCAUGAUGCAUCCCUGCAUGGGCCAGAGUGCACUCGUGGUUGCAAAAGAUUUCUGGCCGCAUCUCGAGCCUUUAGUACAGCGUGUCAAAUCUACCGGAAGAACGUUUUCCAAUGCCGAUUUGCCGUUGUUUAUUGACAGGCACGGUUUCCUCGAGGAAGCUUUCUUUUCAUUUCAAUUGGUACCUAUACUUGACAGCAGCGGCUGCGGCAUGGCUGGGUAUUAUCAGCCUUUGGUUGAGACAACACGAAACAAACUGCUGGAGCGCAGGAUCAAAAGCCUGGUGGAGAUUGGAAGUAGGACAGCAAAAGCGCGCGACCUCAACACCUAUUGGGAACUAAUCAUUGACACCCUCGCCAUUAAUGACCCAGACGCUCCGUUUGCUCUGUUGUAUGCCGCUGAAGACUUUUCUGCACCAACCAGGCCCUCCGUCUCAUCGCCCGGAACAGCACUCGAAAAUGACGCGUUCAUACUUAAAGGAUUCAUCGGCGUGGAAGCUGGUCAUGCUAUAGCGCCCCCUACAAUUGACCUGAAGAACGGCAAUAAUAUGUUCCAGUCCUACCUAAACCGCGCGAUGGAGACCAAGAUGCCUGUUGUUGUGCAUUUCUCUGAUUUGCAGCUACCGGAAGGAUUUCUUGAAGGCAUUGACUGGAAAGGAUUUGGCGAUCCGUGUCGCUCUUUGAUUGUGUGUCCGAUUCAGCCAACUACCAGUGAGCAGGUACAGGGAUUUCUGAUAUUAGGGGUGAACCCACGCCGCCCUUUCGACGAAGACUACAAACAAUUCGUCCAUGUCAUGCUUCGACUUUUGGCUACCUCGCUCGCUUCGGUUAUUCUUUUCGACGAAGAGAUACGUCAGAAAGAGAACGUCAUUGGGCAAGCAGCACGUAUUCAGAAACAAUUGGUCGCAGAGUUACAGCUCAAGGAGAAGAAGUUUCAGCGGUACGCCGAUAACUCCGACGUCGCUAUCUUCGUUGUCGAUUCGGUCGGAGCGUAUACGUAUCGCAAUCAAGGCUGGUACGACCUUUUCGAAAAUGCCAGCGACUCCGACGAUGUGAUGGGUGCAUGGUCUCAGAUUGUAUGGCCCGAAGACACCGCGGAAAAUUUAGAGUCAGACUCUGAUUCUCAGGAGUACUACAAGUGGGUUCUAUGCUCCGCAUAUCCGGAACUGGAUGCGAAUAACGAGGUUAUCGAAAUAGUCGGAAACGUGACGGACAUUUCGAAGCAAAAGUGGGCCGAGGAUGUACAGAAACGAAGGACAGAUAGCGCUUUGGAGUCGAAGAUGCAUCUGGAGCAUUUCAUCGACACUACAUCGCAUGAAAUGAGGAAUCCGCUGUCAGCUAUCAUGCAAUGUGCGGAUGGAAUCCUUACGUCGUACCCAGGCACCAAUAGCGACUACGCACUUCCUUCUCCGGUAACGUACGCAGCGUUGCUUGACCAGACAAUGGAUGCUGCGCAGACAAUCGCGCAGUGUGCCCAACACAUGAAACGCAUUGUGGACGAUAUUCUUACGAUUUCCAAGCUUGACUCUGGACUCCUCAUCAUCACACCGGUCGAUGCUCAACCUGAGACGGUGGCUUUGAAUGCAAUCAAGAUGUUCGAGAGCGAAGCAAAAGCUGCUGAGGUGGACCUGACAUUCGAGGUCGAUAAAUCUUACAGAGCUUUAGGUAUCAACUGGGUCAGCCUGGAUCCAACGAGGCUUUUACAGGUCUUGAUCAACCUCAUCACCAACGCCCUCAAAUUCACCCGUUUCGAGUCGGAACCCCGGCGCAUCAAAAUCACGCUAUCGGCGUACGAACGAGAGCCCGCGAGCAAUACAAGCGGUGUUCAUUUCGAGCCAAAGUUGGUUGAGGACGAUGCCCAUCUCGUGGAUGACUGGAAACAAGGGUCGCUCGUAUAUCUGCAGUUUUCGGUGUCAGACACGGGGCGAGGUCUAACGGAUGGCGAUCGGAGUAACCUUUUUGCUCGUUUCUCGCAAGCAUCGCCGCGCACACAUAUCACCUAUGGGGGCUCCGGCCUUGGCCUUUUCAUCUCUCGCCGCCUUACAGAGAUGCAGGGCGGAUCCAUCGGACUGGCGAGUGAGUUCGGCAUCGGCAGCACCUUCGCUUUCUACAUCAAGGCGAGGAGAACAGAGUCUGCCCGCGCCAGGAGAUCCAGCACACCAUAUAGGUUCCCCGAGGACAUAAAGCACCGCGCUACAACCCGACGAGAAAUCUCAAAGAUGAACACCCGCCCACAGUCUCCCGUUGGUGAAAAGUCCCCCAUAGCCUCGGGCUGGCAUUCGCACCGACGACUUCACAGCCAGUCUCACACCGAAGAUAAGCGUCAGCCCAGGCCCUCAGCGCCGCAACGCCGCCAGUCCGUCCUGCAUCCGCACUCCCCAACCGACGCCCUCGGCAUGCCCCCUGAACCCGACCUCGCCGAGUUAACCCGCACAAGAAGCGUCCCCGAAAACAUGCACGUCCUCGUCGUAGAAGACAACCUCGUCAACCAGCGCGUCCUCGCAAACCAACUCCGCAAGCUGGGCUGCGUCGUCAGCGUCGCAAACCACGGCGGCGAAGCGCUCGACUUCCUCAAAAGGACGAGCCACUGGGUGGACAAGAACGCAGAUGCGCCUGACGAAAGUAGGAUGCACGACGCCGACCUGCCGAUAGACCUCCACCUCAUCCUCAUGGACUGGGAGAUGCCCGUUAUGAACGGCCUUACGGCCGUUACUAAACUGCGGCAGCUUGAGCGCGGAGGCCAGCUGAGCGGACAUAUACCCGUCAUAGGCGUCACGGCUAAUGUGCGAGAGCAGCAGAUACAAACCGCGAUGGACGUCGGCAUGGACGACGUGGUGAGCAAGCCGUUCCGUGUGUCGGAGUUGAUGGGGCGGAUGAGAGAUGUGAUUGAGGGGGUGGGGAGUGGUAAUAUACGGUGGAAGGGGAGUGUGUCGGAGGGGAUGAGAGAGGGGGAAGGGUAG